GGCUGAGAAGGACGAAGAGCUUCAGAGGUCCAGCUGGAGAGCUCCGCUGGCUGUAGCUGCUUGGAUUAAACUGGCUUUUUAUUGCAGAUCUACAUGUGGACUUUAUAAAACACUGGAUCCGUGAGUUGUGCAGGUUGAUCUUGGUGACUGAUGAGGGAAGCCCCGAUCAGCAGGAAGUGUUGACUUCUGUAUUUCCAGCAGUUUGGCAUGAUGGGAUCAUCCACACUGGGGAAGGCAGCAUCUCUGGAUGCUCUCCUGAAUGAAUGCAUUCAUGCAUUUGAUGACGAUGGCGAUCUGAAUGCCAGCCUGCUUCCUCGCAGACUCCUGCUGAUGCAUCGCUGGUAUGUUACAUCAUCCGAGCUGGCAGGAAAACUACUGAAGAUGUACAGAGACUGUAAAGGUGACAGCUGCCAGAGAGCCAGGCUAAAGAUCUGUUAUUUAAUGAGGUAUUGGAUAGUGACUUUUCCAGCAGAGUUCAACCUGGAUCUGGGACUCAUUCGGAUAACAGAGGAAUUCAGGGAUGUGGCGGCUCGGCUCGGCAGUGAGGAGCAUUUCAAUCUCAUCGACAUCUCCGCCAUCCCAUCAUAUGACUGGAUGCGGAAGCUGACACAGCGAAAGAAGCAGGCUAAGAAAGGCAAAGCGUCCCUGCUGUUCGACCACCUGGAGCCCAUGGAGCUGGCGGAGCAUCUCACCUUCUUGGAGUUCAAGUCUAUUCGGAGGAUAUCGUUCACUGAUUAUCAGAGCUACGUGAUCCACGGCUGCCUGCUGGACAACCCCACUCUGGAGCGCUCCAUCGCCUUGUUCAACGGAGUCUCUCAGUGGGUCCAGCUGAUGGUGCUCAGCAAGCUCACCCCUCAGAGUCGUGCAGAGGUCAUCUCCAAAUACAUCCACGUGGCUCAGAAACUGCUGCAGCUGCAGAACUUCAACACUCUGAUGGCAGUGGUUGGUGGGCUGAGCCAUAGCUCCAUCUCUCGGCUGAAGGACACUCAUGCUUACCUGGCCCCAGAAGUCGUUAAGAUCUGGAGUGAGAUGACCAAUCUGGUGUCUUCAAACAACAAUUAUUCCUGCUACCGAAAGGUCUUCACCGAGUGCCGGGGUUUUAAAAUCCCCAUUUUGGGCGUGCAUCUGAAAGACCUGAUUGCAGUGAAUGUGGUCUUUCCUGACUGGCUCGGUGACGGUGAGAAAGUGAACCUUGCGAAGAUGCAUCAGCUUUACAUGACCUUCAAUGAACUGGUUUCACUGCAAAGUGCAGUAGCCCAAGUGGAGCCCAACAUGGACCUCAUCUACCUGCUAACGCUUUCUUUAGACCUUUAUUACACAGAAGAUGAGAUUUAUGAGUUGUCGUUGCUACGGGAACCUCGUAACCCCAAAUCAGUGCCGACCUCUCCAACGACUCCCAACAAGUCCUUGGCCCCACUGGACUGGGCCUCAGGUGUCACCACCAAACCAGACCCCACGGUAGUCAAUAAACACAUCAGGAAGGUGGUAGAUUCUGUCUUCAGGAAUUACGACCAUGACCAUGAUGGUUAUAUUUCUCAAGAAGACUUUGAGACCAUUGCGGCUAACUUUCCCUUCCUGGACUCUUUCUGUGUUUUGGACAAAGAUCAAGAUGGAUUGAUCAGCAAGGAUGAGAUGAUGGCGUAUUUCCUUCGGGCUAACCCUCUGCUCCAGUGUAAGAUGGGACCAGGAUUUAUCCACGACUUCCAGGAGAUGACCUACCUAAAGCCCACCUUCUGCGAACAUUGUGCUGGAUUUCUCUGGGGGAUCAUCAAACAGGGAUACAAGUGCAAAGACUGUGGCGUUAACUGUCAUAAACAAUGCCGGGAACUGCUGGUUCUGGCCUGCAGGAAGCUGAUUCGCUCCAGCUCUCUGAGCAGCGUAUCUCCAGCCAGACUGACACACAGCUCGCUGCCCAGCAGCCCUGCACUUCCCACCUGUAAAGAUGAGGACGAUGUGUUCGAGUUUCCAGCAGUCACACCAGCAGGUCCGACUGUGGACACGCCAUCCAUCACCCUGAUGACCGGAUCAGCUCAGAGGAUCUCUGUGCGCCUGCAGAGGGCCACAACCAGCCAGGCCACCCAAACCGAUCCUCUAUGGCCCGAAAUCAGCUGGGCAGCCACAGAAAGCGGCUGCCACACCUUCCCCAAAAUGAAAUAUAGGACUCACAGGAAAACAUCGAAAAACAAAGGUUUUGCUUGCUGGGAGAACAGGAAUGAUGGUCAGGACCAGCCAGUGCCUUCACUGUGCAGAGUGGCCCAUCAGAACCAGCCAGAGAUCUCUAAAGAAACUACACAGAAUGGGGUGACGCUCAUAAGGAAGGACAGCUGACUUGGUUGCAGUGAUCUGGACCGGUACCACAGGACCAUAGGGCCCUUCACCACCAGGACCAGGAGGCUCUUCUCCCUGGGGAAGGCCCUGGGCUGCUUGAGGCCUCCCUUCAAUGAGCUGGAGUGAUCUGGACCUGAGCAUGGAGCUCGGUGGAUUCUGUUGGUGGUCUGCCUUCGUUUGUGGGAUCACUAAAGAAAGGUGCAACUUAGACCUAGUCCCAAUCCCUCCGUUUUCCAGAGGCAAGGCACUCUCUGGACAAACAGAGGGAAUGACCAGGACUCCUGCAUCCCUAAAACAAAGGGAGCCCCUCACCUCUGCACAGGGGCAGAACCAACCAGAGGAGCUGGGACUGAGCCUUAAGGCCCAUUUAUGCUUGACACAGAGGACAGAUACACUUUCAUCCAUCUUCUGCGUCAUUUAAGCAUGUAAUUAGUUCAUUUUCAGGGGUCUGCAGAGCCAUCACUUUCAAACCAAACGGAGCAAUACCACCAGAACCUGCGGGGCCAGUGUUGAGCAGGAUAGCUGACAUGUGACCAGCAAAAGAAACAAACUAGAGAAGAAGAGGAACAAGAGAAAGAAGAAGAACAA